GAGUGCCCCAAGAGCAUGCGCAGCCACGGGUGCAUCCCCGCGAGCACGCCGCGCGAGAGCUCAUCUCGCGCCGCGCUGCCGGUGGUGUAAACAGAAGCCCGGCCGCAGCCGCCGAGUGUGUGUGUGUGUGCGCGCGCGUGUGCGGUCUCUCGGCUGCUGCGAAGGCGCGCCACGCUCGUCAGCUCACUCCUGACGGCCGCCGCUCCUCGCUACCAUUCCGCGCACCGGACGUUCGCACCUCGUCCACUGUUUUUUCUCUCUUCCUUCCUUCUCCGAAGCUACUACGGACAAGUGCUUCCCGCGCGCAGAGUUAUCCGAGCAACCAUUCGCAAAUUGCCGUCGUCGCUGCGUCCCACGUGACAUUCGGGAAAAGGGACACCGGCACGGACGUCUGCGCCUCAACAGCUGCCGGGACAUGCAGUACCGGCAGGUCGUCUCAGUGACACCGUUUUUCGUGAGUUAGGCUCACGCCGUCACUGUCGGCGCAAAGUACGAGGGAAACACUGUUUUCCUCUUGUUCUUGCUUCUGGAGAAACUGAAGUAACCUUUCGACCGAGAUGGAUGGGACAGCAGUGGUCAACUCUAUGUGGUGGACACUGCUGUUGGCUGCGGUCUCCACGCUCUGCGUCGUUUCAGCCAGCGGGCACUCGAGGAAUGCGGAACGCUAUGGAGUCAUAUUCAAGACAAGCCUCCUAGGAAGGGACGGCCUUCUACCUCCCUCAAGCGAUUACGAGAUUCUUCCGGAGUUUGCCGAGCCCGUUCCGAAUGUGAGCGCUAUCGUCGGCCGCACGGUGAAGCUUCCUUGCGUCGUCAACAACUUGGGGCAAUAUAGGGUUGCAUGGCUGCGAGUGGAGAGCAAGACGAUCCUGACGAUCCACAAGAGUGUGAUCACGCAGAACUACCGCGUCCACCUGAGCGCUUCGGACCGCACCUGGCUGUUGGUCAUCGACCACGUCCAGGAGUCGGACCGCGGGGGAUACAUGUGCCAGGUCAACACGGGGCCCAUGCGCAGUCAAGUCGGAUAUCUCGACGUGCUCGUGCCCCCCGACAUUGAGGCCAGCGAGAGCAGCUCGGACGUUCUGGUGCGGGAAGGGUCCAACGUAACCAUCGUGUGCCGAGCCAAGGGCUAUCCGGCGCCCCGCAUCACCUGGCGACGGGAGGACGGAACGCCCAUAGCCAUGGGCAACUGGCAGGAGCAGCUGGGGUCUGCGGCAGACAACGUAUCAUACGAAGGUGAAGAACUGAGCAUCACCAAAGUUAGCCGUCUUCAUAUGGGGCCCUACCUGUGCAUCGCAUCCAAUGGCGUCCCUCCAACCGUCAGCCGCAGAAUACUGCUUCAAGUGCAUUUUCCGCCGAUGAUCUGGAUUCCAAACCAGCUCAUUGGGGCCCCCCUCGGCGGAGAAGUGGUGAUGGUUUGCAAUACGGAGGCGUAUCCGAUAUCGAUCAACUACUGGACCCUGGAGAGCGGCGACCUCAUCGCCGAGUCUACGAAGUAUUCGCUCAACCGCACCGAGAACGUGUACAAGGUCCACAUGAGGCUGCACAUUCGCCGCAUCGCACCCGAGGAUUUCGGCGCCUACCGAUGCUUUGCCAAGAACUCGCUCGGCUCCACGGAGGGUUCCAUACGACUCUACGAAAUUCACGUUCCGCCAACAGCGAAAGUGAAAGAACCAUCAACAGCAAGAAUACAGAGCGUCGAAGAAGGAAAACUUGAGGCUUCGGAUGCAGCCAUUACCAAACAUCAAAGUUUCCCGCUAAGGCCACCGAUCGCUGGUUCUCUGCCAGAAGACGCAGGCUCAGCGUCUCAUUCAACGCGUCCAAGCGUCACUUGCACCUUCACUUGGAUAAUGAGGUCGUUGGCAUCACUGGCAGUGCUCCUGCGUGUGACGUGAUCGUGACUGCACGAGGCGCUUCGGUUCCUGGGCGGGUGCUGUGUUCAGAGCGGAACUGGGAACGCAGAGGGACGUUGUCCUGCCCACGUCACGUGCUUCCACUCGAAGAAGCGUCGAGCUUCUCUCAAGUCGGCUCCGCGCUGAGCCACCGUCUCCGCUUUACUUCGAGGACGUCCGAAGAGAACCCUCGACUGGUGACGCCAGAGGAAAGCUGCGGUGGCAGUUGUUGACCUGUUUUUCUUUUCCGAGACCCUCGAAUCGAGACGUCGACCGGGCGUUUCACGUCGGACAAGAAUGUAGUUGUUAGCGCCGCUGUAUAGAGGACUCGUGGUGUUAAGUGAUGUCACUUUGUUGUACGUGAUGUGCUAGGCUGUUUGUUCAGCCGAUGCCUUACGUGGCAAAUUCUUCGUGUUUCAUGCCUAUACAUAGUCCGUAAGGCGCAGCGAUUCCGAUGCAUUGCAACGCCGCGAGCAGCGCCAUCAAACGUCGAAUUAAAGUCAGCACACAGAGUAGCACGACUUGCAGUAGCGACAAAUGUUUGGCGGACGCAGAGAGAGAUAUAUACAAGCUUUAAGGAUAUGCUGGAUAUGUUUGCCUGGCUGAUCGCGUGGCAUGGUACUCUACGUGCUGGAUGUCGAACGCAAAUUUUUAUAAUCUAAACAGGCGUCCUGCAGUGUCAAUUAGGACCUAAACCGUAAUGAACGACAGAAUGGAGUUCCAAUACCGCGAAAAGAGAGAAGGCGUUGCGACGUCGCCAACGUUAGGGGCACUAACACAGUCUUGUAAGACAACGAAUUAUUAUAUAAGACACAGUCUGCGUUAAUAGUUUAUCGACUCAUUGACCGCAUUUCAACAAAGAGGCAAGUGGCUAUAGCGACAGUCACUGAAUACCAGAUGAAUUGGUUUCACUCAUUAUUCAUCAGCAAUCAUCAAAAGCAGUAUGGAAAGAAGCAGAUAACAGCGGAACAGUCAUUAAGAGGAAGCUUUAGCUGGAAGGCUCUUAUCUAUAUAGACGCAAAAGGAAAAAAUUGUUUUUCUGAGCAACCACUGCACCCAAUUUGGCGACGUAUGUUGUAUUUAAAAGAAAAAUUUUAAAUGUAAGGGCUGUCACAAACGGAUUCUUGAUUUAGGCCUCCGAUUUUUUUAUAAAUAUUGUGAAAAGUUACACAUAUUCAGAAAAUGAAGCUAUCACCUCUACAAUUAUGGAACACAGCAAUAAACAAUCAUAUCACAACUCUGUUGUGAUAUCAUUGGUAUCAUUGGUAUUGAUAUCAUUGAUAUCAAGUUUACGGAACUGCCAUAUGUGCUAUUGAGGCAGAAGGACAAUUUUGUAAACAUCAGGCCUUCGCAUGUUUUAAGGUUAAAGAAUAUUGCAAAAAAAAUUCAGGCCCUAAAUCAAAACUUGGCUUCCAACAGUAACUAGAAUUUAACCUAAAAUGCAACAAAUUUCAUUAAUGUUGGCCCGAGGGUUAUCUCAGAAAAGCGUUUCUACGUUUUACACCUAUUCAAUUGGCGGCAUCGGAGUUGGGCCCGAGCUAAAGCUUCCGCUUAACGCCGACGAAAGGAGUUAGCACCUUUGUAAAUGGAAUAUGAGGGCAAACUAUAUUCUAAGAGCGAAAUUUUUUCCUGACUGAAAAGAGACUGGUCCUUUCCCAUAAUUUGGGUCUCUACUGGUACGCAUAUAGAGAUAUCUUGAACUAUUAUUAAAUUCCACCUGCGCGACCACCUGUUUCACAGUAAACAAAUGACAGUAGCUCAGCACAUAAACAAGAAGGGUGGAUUGAAGUGAUCAGCAGGACGCAAACCAGGAAAGAUUCAACAUGUAGUCAAGAUUUCGGCAAAUGGACUUGGCUUCGUCAGGGAGCUGGCGUAGAGAAGUCCCUUUGACGAGACAAUGUUUCGAACUUGCAAUUUUCCUUGUUCGCUCCCUGUUACUCGCUGAUGUUGUGGACGUAUAGCCAGAUGGGUUUAUCUUGGCAUUAAUAAUUUGACGGUUCUUCAUGUUCCCAAACAUCUCCGCACGGCGAAACACAUGUGGGUAUACGCAUGGGCGAACACACACGGAUAUGUUGUUCUGCAGUGUGCAAGAACAGUAACUACAGUUGUGCUACAAUUCGACUGACAAUGCCGUUAUAUCCAAUUAUUCGUCACGACGCCCUUCGCACAAAAUUGGAAAAACCUUUAUUCUUGCUUUCAAUUCGAAACUUUUUUUGGCCAGCGCCGCCAAAAGUGAAAUGCCUGAUUAUCAUCAUUUCUAACGCAUAUACAAUCUUUUGUCGAAUGCGUGCAGGCCUCUUUGUGAGAAGUAAGUAAACAAUUUGUUGUAAUCAGGCGUUUAAAGGUUUCUGCAUGAUUGGAUUCAGAGCACUCCUCGUUGAGUAAAUUGUUGAGGCUCCGAAGAGACCUUAUAGAGUAUUACACCACGCGCCGGUGACGGGCAGGUUUCAGCACAGAUCAAUGACGUACGAAGCAAUAAAAUGUCUUUUCCUGCUCUUUCCGAACUUCGGCAACUGUCAACGAUUUUUGAAAGUUGCGCGCAUUUUCUUCCCUAAUAAAUGAAAUACACACCCACCCUAACGCAUGCCUAGUCUCCGCGGGCCUUCGUAGUAGCGCAAGAGGGCGUCGGAUUCUUACGUAAAUUCUACGAUUCUUUGUUUUUUCUGCUUGUUUUUCCCCAGGAGGAGUUGGGGGGGGGGUGCAGCGGUUUGGCGUCCGAAUGAAUGCGGUCAACCGCAGGGGCUUAGUUUCUGGUAACCAAAGGCGUUUGCUUUAGAACUCGCGUCUUGGAAUAUAGUGGCCUUGCCAGGCUGCGAGCGUAUGAGCCCAUGCAUGUGUCAGUAAAGAUUACGCGCGAGUUGGUCCUAUCUGAGGCAAAACAAUGUAUGCAAGAAUGGAGAGCAGAAAGAGAUGGAGUAGAAAAUUGGUGGCACGAACAGAUACGGAGAUAAAUAAACCGAUUUCGAAGGAAUAAACUGAAUCGGGCUGGCUGCUAUUUCGAAAAGUUCGGUUUAAGAUUCAAGACGUAAAGCGCUGUAGACAGGAAAAUUGAGCAUAGAGGAUCAGAAGACACAAGCGGGAGAUUUUGCCGACAUAUAUAGGCGAAGAGUAGCAUACGGAAAAUGAGAUCCAUAUGUCUAUCGAAGAAACAGAACAUGAGCGUUAAGUCGAUAUGCUCGGUCUAUGUUUUAAACGGGAAAGGGCCCAAAGGAGGAGACACAAGAAUUAAGAAAUGUCGACGAUACAGGCUCUAACUGCAAUUCUGGCAAAACAUUGAGAGUUGCAGGAUGGGAGACGGGGAUGAAGCCACGUAUUGAACGAGUCAACUGGAUAGUGGGGUUGUGCUCGAGCAUUUGAUGCAUGAUGCAAAAUAAAACUGCACAACUAUGAAUAAUGGACCUCGUUUUACUAAUAUACAAGAGUGAACAUAAGAAUAAGAGAUACGGGCAACUGCUUGAAGUGUAGCACACAUGAAAGGAUAAGAAAUGAGCUACCCUUAGAAGCUUAUUACUCUCUCAUCUCAAUACUCACGUGUUCUUGACUAAAACACUGAGUGAGAGACUUCGCUAUAGGCUCUCAUUCUAACAUGGUUUCUUUCCCUCCUGUAUUUAUCAGCUUGGCAUAUUCUAUCGGCCUGGUAUUGAGUUUCGCCUGUGAUAAAACAGAUAACUUUGUUUUUGUCAAAUUGUGGAAGUAUUUCAUAAAAGAGCUAUGCAAAUUUCGUGAAAUCUGGUUCUGUCAGGAACACAACCUGCAAAUGGCGCUGCGUGCUCUAAUUUUAGUUGAACCACAGAUUUACAGGCGCCACGUAUGUUUCAGACAUGUCAACCUGAAUACUUCAUCCCGUUAGCACAAGUAGUGAUUUAAGUAACGCCUGACUGCGUCAUGACAACGUGAACAUCAUCUUUAUAAUCCACUGCAGCUAAACACGUGGUGGUGGUAAUUAGAGAACAGAAGACAAAUCUUCCAUUCAAUGCCUCUCGUGUGUGCAAAGUAGAAAAGGGCGAUAUUUCGCUGUGGUUUACAAGGCGGACGCAAGGAAAUGCAGCGGUAAUGGUUUCUGUUUCUUUCUUAUUUGCGAUGCAUCUGUAAUUGCAGAAGCACUGUGAAAAGGAACAUUGCGUACAUGUGUAUAAAGUUGCAAAUGUCGAUAGAAUAAACAUAGCGUUAUUACA